AUGUCAGUUCAUCAUGGUUUAGACCUUGAAGCGGUUACCAUGGCCGAUUAUACGAGACGAAUUGAGUCCCUUGGUGGAACGUUCAAAGGAGAAGUUCGAUGGACUACAAAUAUUAAGUUAAACGAUUGGAAAACUCAUUUCUUAGAGAUUACAAAGACUGGUUCUUUAGUUCAUUCAAUAGAUAAGAAACAGAUGACAUUAUCUCAAGGUAGUAAGUUAUCAUCAUUGAGUCUAGAUGACAUAAGCGAAGGUAUGCAAGAGAAAAAUAAACAUCCUGUAUUAAGGAACUUAUCUGGUUGUAAGUUACGUAUAUUGAAAAAUAUAAAUGGAAGAACAAAAGCAUUGAAAAAUAUUAUUAAAGUAUCAGAACAUUCUAAUACAACAAAUAAUUCUAGUGCAAUUUAUUUGAAUGUAUCAUCAGAGAGUAAACUAUUGGAUCUAUUUUGUAGUUUAACUUGGUGGAGUGCUUUGAAACCUAAGGGGAUUUUUGAUAAGGUUACUUUAAUGAAAAAACAAAAAGAUAUAAAUAAUAAAAAUGCAAAAACUGUGUUAUUUUCUAAUUCUGAUGUCAAUGUGUUUGGGCCUAUCCUUAAAAAUGUUUCUUUGGAGACAAAUAAAAUUAAAACACCUGAAAUGUUUGUACAUUAUGACUCUCAGGAUGAUUGUUCAUAUUCGUGGUUUCAUGCGGCCAUUAAAUUGUAUUCAGAUGGUGAAGUUGAAGUUUUUGAUUCAACAAUUAAACAUUCUCUAUUUUCAAUUAAUAUAAAAAAUCUGAUUAGAUCUGAGAUUAGAUUAUUGGAUUUUUCAUUAUUUCAAGAUGAAAAUUUAUUAUUUUUAGGAAUUUUACCACAGUUGAGAAAACAAUUAAAUCUAUUUGAUAAUAGUGAAGGAACAACUUUUUUCAAUUUAGCAGAUGGUAAACCUUUGGAUAAUCUUAUCUUUGAUUUUAAAAAUAGUAGGACUCAGAGAGAUGAUUGGCUUGUUGCUUUAAAAUCGUUUGCAAUGUUAGAGAUUCUAAGUUUAAAUGGUUCAGAUAGAUCUAAUAAACUGACUGUAUCAAAUAAAUUCAAAUUAACAAUCUUAGAAGCAGAUUUUCAAACUUUAGAUUUUACAGCUGAUGACAAAGAUGUUUAUCUCCAUGCUGAGAUAUGGGUGUGGGGUAGAAUGUGGGCAAGAACCUCAUCUAUUAAAAAUGAAAAUGCUCCAUUUUGGAGAGACGAAUUUUCAUUCGAUGAACUUGUUAGCAUUGACCAAUUGGAGAUACGAUUAGUUCAAGAGAUAACCGAAAAGAAGAGUGUAAAACCUUUAAGGUAUGACGUUUUGGGUACGUUCAGGUUACGUCAAGAAGAUAUAAUAAACGAUGAAUAUCAAAAAGAAAGUAGGGUUUUGGUUUUUGCUGAGGAUCAUAAACAUUUCCAAGUAGCUACAUUAUGCUUUAAGAUUGAGCAUAAAUUAGAUUUUGUUUUGCCUUCUGUUAAUUUUACUAAAUUCCAAACUGUUUUGUCAUCGGUACCUUUAAAUGAGGUGACACGGUUAUUAUAUGAUAAUAUUAAUGAGUUAACUCGCGGUAGUAAAUUGGAUACCCUCUCUAUCAUGACUUUAGAAUUUUUUCAAUCUAUUGGAAAAGAAGAAGUUUGGUUUCAAACGUUAAUGGAAAGAGAGUUGUCUGAUAUUGAUGGGGCUGUACUUAGAAAUUUGAAUAAUAACCAUUCUUCAGGUCAUAUAUUUAGUACAUUAUUUAGAGGUAAUUCAAUCCUUACCAAAUCCACUGAAUUGUAUUUUUUUAAAGUUGGGUAUGAAUAUAUCAACUUAGUCAUGAAACCAAUAUUAAAUGAAAUUAUUGAAACUAAUGAAUCCUGUGAGAUUGAUCCUGCAAAGAUAGCUUUACCAAAUGAUGAAAAAAAAAUAGUUCUUGAGGCUAAUUAUAAACGAUUAAUUGGAUGGGUAUCAAAACUAUGGAAAACUUUAUAUAAGACAAGUAAAGAUUUACCAUUGGAGAUUCGAUCUCAUUUAAAGAAUUUUAGAAGAGAAUUAGAGAAAUUUUGUCUUAAGGAUAACGAAGAGGCAACCUUAAAUUGUAUAUCUGGUUUCUUAUUUUUAAGAUUUUUCUGCCCCGUUAUAUUAAAUCCUAAAUUAUUCAAUAUUACAUUUGAUCAUUUGAAUGAUACCAAUAGACGUUCAUUAACAUUAAUUUGUAAGAUUUUAUUAAAUUUAUCGACUUUAAAGAAAUUUGGUGAAAAGGAACCAUUUAUGGUAAAAGUUAAUGAUUUUAUUGACGAAAACGGUGAAGAUCUGAAGGAUUAUAUUGAUAAAGUUACUCAAAAGAAAAUCGAUUUUACAUCAACGAUAUGGAACCUUGCCGAAACUACUAAGAGUAAGUUAAAGGAUAUUGCUGUCAAUCAAGAAGAGUUAAAAGAAUUACCAGUGAAUCCAUUCAUGGUGGAUAAAGGGUUAAGAGAGACACAAUUUAUUAAAAUAUUGAAUACGUUGAAUAAAACCAUUAACACGAAUCAAUUAGAAACAUCUCAUGAUAAUGAGAAAACUCAAAAUUCACAAAAGGAUAUAAAGAAUUCGAAUUCUGUAGCUAUUGGUGAAUUAGAAUUUGAGAAAUUAACAGAAAAUAAUGCAGAAAUAUUUGGGGAUGAAUUUAUGCAAUAUUUAGAAGUCGAUAAGGAUGAGAAUGAUGAUCGAGAUGAAACUGUUGUUACUAGUGAUACGGUUAGUCACGGUGACUCUAAGAAUGAUAUUAACCCUUCAUCUUCAUCAAGUAGUAAGAAUAAUAAUAUGAUGGCUCAGUUACUUCAAGAGACAUCUUUAUUGUGUUUCAAAGUAGAGCGUAUUAUUCGAACAAUGUCUGAUUAUGAGUAUCCGUUAGAUGAUAUGUAUAACAAUUCGGUAUACGCUACGAAAUUGGCUAAAAGUAUCUUUUACACGAAUAGAAGGAAAAUUGUAAUAGACCUGACAAAUGUGUUACUUCAACCUAAUAAAGAGUAUACACCGAUGUUUGCCGGUUCCAGCAAAGGAACUAAAUGUAGUUCCCAUCUCUUUUAUUUACUUCUCAAAGAUUCUAAAUUCUCAUCAGAUGAAGAAGACGAAGGUGGAGAUGAAGAAGAUGAAGAAAUUGGAAUUAAUGGUAGUGAUUUCUAUAUGGGGAAUACUAAUACAUCCUCCACAAGGACAUUAAGUAAGUUUGCUAAUCUAAUUAAAGGUGGAUCAUUUAAUGAAAAUAAAGAAGAUUCCGAACGAACCAGUCCUAGUAAACUCACUAGAUGGUUUAAAAAGAAAUGA